AUACUUUUAUGUUUGAAACGCUCUCUGCAGCUACACGCUAUUGUUAUUCAGUCGUUCGCUUUCAUUUGAAUAUAUUUGUAUAGAAAUAUUUGAAAGGAAUAAAUAAUAAGGACCCUAAGGCUGGUAAAUAUUGAUGCUUUCAUAUCUAUGCAAAUCUGUGAACAACGGCAAUAUGUGACAAGUUUUAGAAACAGAUAAAUGUAUAAAUGUAUAAAACAUGUGAUAUCUAUAAUGCGUUUAGAUGCAUGCUGCCUGUAUGAUGUAAUAAUUUGCUGCAAAAAAAGGGAAAAUUUGUGCCGGAAGGAACGAUCUUGUUAAUCAAAACGGAUAUCAAAUCUUGGUGUACUAUGGUUUACAUCUCUAUUGAAAGUGAAAGUAAUACACAGUCAAGUCAAGAGCAACUACCUUACAGACGACAAUUAAAUGGAUCAACUUACGACAAAUGGCGGCGACUUGGAAACGUCCGUGGUUAAAAUAGCCUUCCCUCAUCAAGAUAAGAUCUUCUAUUGUCUACGUGGGUCAUAAAGUGAAUUUGACCUGUUGCAAUUGAGAAAGCUAAAACGAACUCCACUUAGCUUAUUACGGCUAAUUAAUCGAAAUGCAUCUUACAGUCAAAGCGAAGUGCCCGUUUUUUGGUAGAUAAGUAUAUUGAUGUUUACCACAGAAAGUCGUUAAGGAAUGAUUUCAAAGUAAGACAAGCUGCAAUAUAUGAUGGUUAAAUGAGUUAAACGUAAUAAGAUUAGUUCCUCAGAUAGUCGUUUAUACUGAAUUUAAUAUUAAUGAAACCUGAAACAAGCCAGUCUAAUUACGUAACCGUUAUGUUAUGCAAUAACUUCAAGCAUACCAGAACUAUUCACAUUUUUAAGACGUCUCAGUCAAUGCAAAAGUUUCAUUCUCUAUGGCGCCCUGGUGUAAUUUAGAAUACUCGUGGACGGAAACUGGGAAGUGUUGUUUUGUAAUCUUUCUAUGGACAGCAAAAGGGAAUUGAAGACGUGACUGCUGUAAUGACUGAAAAAUGGAUGCUGGUUUUACUCAUCGUUGGCUGCACCUCACUCGUGUUUCUCAUUUGUUUUCCUAUUGACUUCUAUCUUUACCGACGCCGUAAACGUCUUGUAAGAGAACGGAAGAAUCUUACCAUGUACAGACCCCAUCAAGCCUCGAAUAGAGCGGCACAAUAUCAUGCAAAAGUAACAGUUACAAACGUGUCGGCUGAAAUAGACUAUAGUAAAAUAAAUGAAAUUGAGCAAAGGAAAUAUCGUGCUCGAAGAGGCGUGACCAGAUUUUUGAGCAUGCUUAGAAAAAAAUCUAGCGCAGAAACAUUAGAAUUUCGAGGGCCUUUGCCAGAGAGGUCAUUGUCUGAGAGUUCAGACUUAUACGUGAAAACGAUUUCGGAAAUGGAAACGGGAACAAUUGAUAAUCAUGAAAACAUUUAUAAUAAAAUGAAUGACAACAUUCAUAACAUUACAGAAUGAACUAACAGGAAGUUCAGAAGAGAAAAAUACACAUCGUAUAUCAUAUGAUGACGAUUAUUUUGAAUAUAGUCAUAAGAAAAUGUUCUCAAGUGUCUCCAAGGCAAAAAAUGAAAAUCAGGAGUGUUUCAAUUAUAAGAAGAAAACGUCACACUUAGAGAAUUGUUAUGAUAAAACGUUGUCACAACUGGAGGCAAAUCAUGUGAAGAAAAAGUCACACUUAGGAGUCAAUCAUGAGAAGGAAACAUCUCGCCUAGGGGCUCUUGAACCUCUUGAAAAAACGAUAAACGUUCUAGGAGAAACAAGAAACAGACAUCGAUUCACUAUUCCAAUUUGCCGUAGAAAUGAGGAACAUUUGGAACCGGUGAAUAUAGUGGACGAAACUUACAAAGACGUUAUUCACAACACUGACAAAAAUCGUAAGGAAGUUGUUUUUGCAAUGUCAUCUGCUACAAAAUUGACUGGAGAUGACGCUGACAUUCUUACACACGAUUAUAAAAACAGAGGAUUUAGUACGGAAAAGGCAUGUAAAGACGUUUUAAGCGAUACUGCAUUGCUGUUUCAAACAGUCUCUGAUGCAGAUGACAAACAAUUUAAAAACAAGAAAACCUUGACCCAUUCCCAAUCUGAACAAUGUUUAAGCGGACAUUUUAGCAACUCAAAACGUUCUCAUAGGAAUGGACGAAAACAUAACGUUGUCUCUCCCGUCAGUAAAGAUACAUUUAUCUUUUCAGAGAUGCAGAAUGAAGGAAAUUAUUUAAGUGAAAGGACAAACGAUAUCUCCAUCCCUAUAAUUUCAGAAUAUUCGGUAACGUCAAAAGUUAAAAGGAAGAAGAGGAAACCUUUUGGGAAAAAGCACUGCUCAGAUUCUAUGAUAGAGCUCCACUACGAAAAAGAGAAAUACUAAUUGUGUACGCAUGUGUUGUGCAUCUAUGUCGUAUUAUCAUUAAUAAACUUUUAUUUGCCAUAGUGGGUUAUUCUUUGAACACGUACACAUAUGGACCGUCCAUAGCUCUAAUAUUCCCGCACAAAAUUGUUCUCCACCAUUGCAAGACUCGAACUGGGGUCAUUUUCAUCAUCCAUAUACUUUAGAAAAAUCAGUUAUUGCUUUUACUCAGUCUUGUGAUUACCUUUAACUGUACUAUAAAAAGACAAAGUAUGAUUUUUAUUUAUUUAUUUAUUAUUUAAUAAAUAAAUGGGCAAACAAACGUUUGUGUGUUUUACGAAAACAUCUUUUAAUAACUUCGAAUUCUUCUUGUUUCCAGCCAAUCAUAUAGUAACACUUUCUGGUUUCCAAGUAGGAGAAUGUUGAUUGAUUUUCAAGUUCUUGGUUCAGCUUUGCUGGGCAUCCUAAUGUCCUGAUUUUCCUAAAACAAAAUCAUUUUUAUUUUUGUCUAUCAGUCAUCCGCGACUAUUAAAAAACGAGAAAGUCUUACCGUAUACCGAGUGCAUGAUUAUCCCUCAUUCUAUAAAUACAUUUUUAAAAUUUGUUACCACAAAAGAAGCUUUUGGUUUUUGAAAUUAUAUUGGCAAAAAGCAAACCCACAACAGUACGUAUAUGGAUUUUCAUGAUCUUAAAUCGGGUGUCCCGAUAGGCAGUUUUUUUCUGAAUCGGAUGUACACGUGGGAAGGACGAACGAUCUUCUGCUAGCUUCCUCUGAUAAAAGAAGUAGACGUCCAGAUCGAGAAUUGAAACCACAAUAGUGAAGGGACAGUAUUUCUCGACCCUGACUUUAUGUUUAUGAUUCAACCCGUUUUAUGGAGGUCACAAGUUGUCUUUGGUUUAGCAGAUACGCAUACAGACGACUAAGGAAACUGGAAAAUAACACAAGGUCUCUAAGAACGUUUCCAAGUUUAUUAUUAAAUUCUCAGUAUGUACAUGACAUAAACAUGAGAUUCACAUUCAAAUAAUAAUAAUAAAGACAUAUGAUCAAUAGAGGAUAACUCUUAUUAAAAAAGUGAAGGAAUCGGCGUUUAAGUUGUAUUCAUAAUCUAUACAGUAAUUUAUUACAUCUUAUCAAAUUUAGUAUUUAAGAUCUAUAAUUACUUCAUCAUCAAUCAGUAGCUAGU